AUGGGGAGCCGGAUGGAUCGCCAGUCGGGGCUGAACAACCCCGGCGAGGAGGGUGCCGAGGGCGGCGGCGCCGCUGGCGACAACGGGUUCGUCGCCGGCAAGCUGCGCUUCCGGACGGAUGGCACGUUCAAGAUUCUGCAGCUAACGGAUCUGCACUACGGCGAGAGCGCAGUGCAGAAGACGGUGCUGGCGGCAGAGCGGCCCGACCUUGUGGUGUUCAGCGGCGACAUGGUGAGCGGCUGGGUGUGCCGGCCCUCCGACCCGCGCGCGCCCGACUGCGGGCCCGGCUGGUUCGAGAGGCGCUGGCGCCAGCUCAUCGCGCCCGUGCAUGCCGCGGGCCUCCCCUACGCCGUCACCCUGGGCAACCACGACGGGGAGGCGGAGCUGACUCGGCGCCAGAUCCUGGACCUCGACAUCCGGACAGGGGGCGUGUGGAGCUUGACCAGGCAGGGCCCUCCCGAGGCCAGCGACGCCAGCAACUACUACCUCGAUGUGUAUCCAGCCAUGCCGCCCGCCCAUGCGCCCAUCACGUGCCACGGCGCCGGCUGCGCCGCCGCGGGUGCUGGCGAUGGCGGCGCCGCGGCCCGCGUGUGGCUGCUGGACUCCGGCGACCGCACCUGCCCGCCCCUCAUGUUUGGAUGGGGGUGCGUGGCGGAGGACACGCUGGGCUGGUUUCAAGACGUGUGGUGGGAUGCGCCCACCAGGGGGCGCAAGCUUGAAGACGUGGCGUGCUCGGUGCGGGACACAGGCCUGCUGGGUGUGGCCAAGCAUGCGGGCAUCAGCGCCGUCUACAGCGGCCACGACCACGACAAUGACUACCUUGGGGUGAAGGAGGGCGUCAGGUUGGCUUACGGGAGGAAGAGCGGAUGGGGCGGCUACGGGCCUCCGCAGGGCUGGCUGCGGGGAGCCAGGGUCAUUGAGCUGCGGAUGGGGCAAGACACGGCGCACAGCACCCAGGCCAAAGACAUGCGCCAGCUCAUCUGCCACUGCGAUGAGUUCGAGCAGGCACUGGAGCACCACAGGCAGCAGCAGGACAAGGCGCAGCUGCGGUGA